UUAUCUGUCGGAACGUCGUCCGUCUCUCUCUCUCUCUCUCUCUCUCUCUAGGGUUUCAAGUGCAUACACCCGUUAUCCUUCUCCUUGAGACGGAUUUGGAGCUCCUCGGCGCCUCCAAUGGCGAUCACUGACUACCUGGAGGGCAUGAACGACCCCCGGCUGAAGCCGCGCCUGCUGCGGUCGCUAGUGAGGGACCGCCUACCCGAGGAGAGCGGCCCCGCCCCGAGCCCCUCCGAGCUCUCAUCCAUCCUCGCGUCCAUCAAGACCCACAGCCUCCUCUCCGAGCACGUCCCCGAUCUCUCCGACGCGAAGCUGAUCGAGGCCUGGCGGACCGCCGUGGAUGCCUGGAUCGAACGUGUCCUGUCAUUGGCCUCCAGUAAGAUGCCAGACAAACUUUGGGUGGGUGUAUCUUUGCUUGGUGUAAGUUGUGAAGAGUGCAGCUCUGCUCGUUUCAUGGCAUCAUAUUCUCUUUGGUUCCAGAAGCUCCUGUUAGGUAUACAGAUACCAUCCAGCUCCAGUUUUGUAAAAGUGGCUGUUUGUGCUUCCUUAUCUGAUUUUUUCACGAGGUUAACCGGUUUUUCAAACUUGAAGAAAGAUGCAACAAAUCUUUCUGGGAAGGUUAUCCUGCUGGUUCUUGAGUUGUUGAAUGAGAGUGAAUCGGAUGCUGUAUUGGAAGGGGUGCUUGAUUUGUUAUAUGUCAUUUUAAUGUUCUUUCCUCCUGUGCAUCGUCACUAUGACAAUGUAGAAGCUGCUCUGGUAUCAAAGAUUCUUUCAGCAAAAUCCAAUGCAGAUUUAUCGAGGAAAAUUGCCCGUUGUUUGGCAUUACUACCUAGGAUAAAAGGUGAUGAAGAUAGCUGGUCCAUCAUGAUGCAAAAGAUUAUAAUAGAGAUAGAUAUGCUUCUGAGCAAUGCCUUAGAAGGACUAGAAGGAGAAACUAAAGGUUCUACUGUUGUGAGGCUGUUAAUUCCACCAGGAAAAGAUCCCCCUUCUCGAUUGGGGGUUCAGUCAAGAUUGAGAGAAGCAUCAGAACUACCAACAAAAAUGUUUCAUGAAUUGAUAUUCCCCACAAUAUCUACUCUGAUGCAUUGUUGCUGCUUGAUGCUUACCAAUCCUUUCCCUACUCAGGUAAGUGUUCCUGUUCGCCCUUUGGUUGCUAUGCUUGGGAGAGUGCUUACGGUGGAUGGUUCUGUACGUGGAUCCUUCAUGCCAUUCACAACUGUCAUGCAUCAAGAACUUAUCUGUGUUGAGCUUCCAGCGCUGCAUUUGGACACUUUGGAUCUUUUGAUUGCUGUUGUUAAGGGAGUACGAAGCCAGCUUCUACCACAUGCUGCCAAUGUUGCACGAAUUCUCACCGAGUAUUUCAGGAGAGCUACAUUGCCAGCUAUAAGGAUAAAACUGUAUUCCGUUAUCCAGUUAUUGCUGAUCUCCAUGGGUGUUGGAAUGGCUUUGUACCUUGCUCAAGAAUUAAUCAACAAUGCUUUUGUUGAUCUGAUUGAUAACCCUGGAAGCAAUGCACUUUUACCCAGAAAGCACUUGUCAGAUGACCAGAGUUUGCUGCAAAGUAGCCUAAAGAAGAGGAAACAUGCUUCUGGAUCAACAAGGCAACACUCGAAUGGUAUUGAUAGAGAGAGAACAGUAAUCAGCAUCAAACCAGCCACUCCUCUUUCUGUAAAGAUAGCUGCCUUGGAAGCACUGGAAGCUCUUUUGACUGCAGGAGGUUCUUUGAGAUCAGAAUGUUGGCGGUCAGAUAUGGAUUUGCUUUUGAUAAAUGUAGCGAAAAAUGCAUAUGAUGUGAGGUCAGAUUACUAUAAGUGUUUGGAUGCAAAUGUAGGGUCAACAAUUUCCCGAGAAAAUCUCCAGCUGGCAGCAUUACGAGCUCUCUUAGCAUCUUUGCUUUCUCCAUCACAUGUUCGCCCUCCAUACUUGUCAGAAGGACUUGAACUUUUUCGCCAAGGAAAACUGGAAACUGGAACAGAACUUGCUGGAUUCUGUGCACAUGCAUUGCUGGCCUUAGAAGUUCUUAUCCAUCCCCGAGCCCUUCCUCUAGUUGACUUUCAAGUUUCCACGAGCUCUGCACUUGAUGAAGGUUUCAUAAAAACAUUCCCAGGAAAUACAUUCCGCAGCAGCCAAAAACCAAGCAUUCCUUAUUUUCCAAUGGGCAAUCGAGGAGCAGCAGAGGAAAUGGAUGAGGAUGAUGAUGAUGAUUUGUUAAAUGGCUGGCUUGGUGCUGGUGAAGAAGAGCAACCUGUUCAGGGUUUGAACAUUUCUAUGGGAGAAAAACAUGUAGGGGUUGAUUCAACUAGAGGUCAUGAGAUUAUUGAAGGAACCCAACAACCAUCGAGGAAGCAUGAAGUGGAAGCAUCAUGCCCGAGCAAAGAAGAAAAUAUGGUUGAGUCAGACAAAAUGGAAGAGCUUAAUUCAGGGAAUAAUGUUAUGUUGCGGACUGACAGGACUGCUCCAGAUGAAGGUGAGGCUGCCAUCCGCGAUGUACCCGGGGAUGAGAUGGCUCAUGAGAAUAAUGAUGUCAGCAUGUCCAACACUGUCGCAGGUGAAUUUUCCAGUAAUUUAGGAGCUCCAGAGGAAUUGGGAACCGUUUCGACUGCAACUGUGGUUGCAGUUGAUGCGUCUAACAGCUUGGAUGUCUCUUAUAAGCAAAAGGAGCCAAUGCUUGCUUAUGAUUCUGAUUCAGUGUCCCUCGAUUCACUACCGGAUAUUGUUGAUGCAGAUCCAGAUACAGACUAGCUAUGUUAUCAAAAUUUGUGGGUUUACAAGGGUAAUGGCCUGUAUCUGAGGAUUUCCGGGUAAAAUCUCUUCUUCUUUUACAAUUACAUAGCUAACUUAUAUGAUUUCUCAUGGAAGCAGAUAGAAUGGCUCAUCAUAAUGCCCUCUACCUUUUUUCUAUGCUUGAGACUCCAAGAAAUGGAUGGAUGUGGGGUACCGAGCAUCAUCUAGUAAGAGAAGCACAAAUCAAGUCUUCUGGGGAUUCCGAGGAACAGUUUUGAGGGAAACUGCCCUGAUAGUUGCUGAUAGGAGUUGACAGAUAAGACUCAUGAUUUAUUCUCAUAGUUUGUGGUGAUUCCUACAAUUGUAUGUAGUUGAGAUUUUUGAUCGUGUUUGAUUGUUGAAAAUUUUGGAGGAAAACAUCAGAGCUGGUUUUUUGUGCCCUGCAUGCAUGGAAAUAUAAUCACAUGGCACUGCUGGAAAUGGCUAAUAAGAUUACUUUAAUUA